GGUGGCCUGGCAGGCCCGGGGGGCGGUGAGGGGCACCCGGCCCCGGGUCUCCGGUUUCCUCCCGGGGGAAGCCCCGAGCCGGGCCCGGCCAUGGGGAAGGUUCCCGGGGGAAGAGCGACGCGGCCGUUCCCCCCGCAGCCGGUACCGGGCUCCUGUGGAAACGAGCGGGCGGGUGUCUGAAGGAACGUGCACUCUCUUAAUGAGUUAAUUUAUUUUAAUAAUAGCCUGGCGCUUGCAAGGGUUCAUGCCUGUCAGUUUUUGCGGAAGGUGGUGAGUCCGCGCUGGGCCGGGCAGGGAGGAGGAGGAAGGAACAGACAGAAAGCGGGAGCCCCGGGCGGCGGUUCCGCCGGUACCGGGCGCGGUUCCCCCGGUAUCCGCACCAGCCGCUUAAGGUUGUUCCUCCUGCUGCUGUCGGGGCGUUUCUGCGGAGGCGUGUGUCAAAAGUACACCGAACUGCGCUUCUUACAGCGUGGGGAUUCGGUAAAUAGCAAGACGGGUUUCCCUGCCUUGUUCUGUACGUUUGGAAAAAGCCCUUUUGUGGAGCUUGUGUGAGGGAUUAAACACUCUGGUGCCGUUCGGAUGUGAGAACCUGUUAGAGACGCUCCUGCGUACUAACUCGGAACUGUGCGUUCUGUGCCAUAAGGCCUUUUAACUUCUUCAAAUCUCACUGGAAAACGCACAAAUACUUUUUUUCCUUCUUUAUUUCUCUCUUCUCUUUUCAUGUGACUUCAAGGCCAUUUAGUAUCAUCAGUGUGGUGUAAUAUUAGUGGGUUUUUUUAAUGGAAAUACCAUAUUUUGAGUGCCACGAGGCAUUGAAUGCAGCUGCAGGACCUCAUGUUACAUAAACUGCUUGUGGCGUUUACUCAGAGGGUUGUUUUCGUGCUUACCUUCUGUUGUAGCAACAUAACGGUGCAAACAAACACAGCUUGAAGUUAUUGUCCUCAACUCGAAAUGUUUACAAAACCCCAAAUGUGAAACCUAAAGCAUGAGACCCAAACCAUGAACCUCCCCCAGAGAUGAACAGAACUGCUGGUGUGAAAUUAAACUGGAUGACAUGAAGCGUGUGUAACAUGGUUGAAGAACUAUUAAUUCAUAAGCCAGAUGAUCCCAUUCAGUUUCUGAUAGACCAUUUGAAGCAAAACAACGCAGAUGCUCCAAGGAUUUGUGUACUUGGUCCAGCUGCUUCUGGCAAAACGACAGUUGCAAUGUGGCUUUGUAAACAUUUGGAUGCCAUACGUAUCUCUCAGGAGACUUUGUUAUCGAAGGAAACAUUAGCGCUGACAAAGGAAGCAAAGGCAUAUAAAGAAAGAAAACAGAAAAUUCCCAACGCGCUUUGGGCCAAUCUGAUCCAGGAACGUCUGUCAAACGUGGACUGCAUCAAACAAGGAUGGAUUUUGGAAGGCUUCCCUGAGAAUCAGGAGCAGGCAUGGAUGCUGCAAUCAUCUGGCAUCUUUCCUAGGCACGUUGUUGUGCUUUAUGCUCCAGACACGGUGCUGAUUGAGCGGAACAGUGGGAAAAGGCUUGAUCCUGUCACAGAAGAGGUGUACCAUACGACCUUCGACUGGCCAAGUGAUGAGCUGAUACAGCAACGUUUGGUGAAACCAGAAGAUCUGUCUGAAGAGGAGACGUCCAGGAAACUGCUGGAAUAUCACAGAAACUUCCCUGGGGUUUUCCAGAUCUACCAAAAAAUUCUGAAAUCAAUCAAUGCAGACCAGCCUUGCAUGGAUGUCCUGUCACAGGUCCUCACCUACGUCCAAACACGGCACCGAUCGGCCGCCCCCUUUACGCCACGGAUUGUCUUUUGUGGCCCCCCAGGCAGCGGGAAGAGCCUGCAGGCAGGACUAAUAGCUCAGAAAUACCAUCUUGUCAACAUUUGCUGUGGGCAACUGCUAAAGGAAGCUAUUGCAGACAAGACAAAACUUGGAGAACUCGUUAAGCCUUAUAUUGACAAUGGAUACCCAGUCCCAGACAAGCUGGUUCUGAAGGUCCUGGCAGACCGGCUGAACGCACCGGACUGCGUGGCCAACGGUUGGGUGCUGCACGGCUUCCCAAGAGACAUAGAGCAGGGAGAAGAGCUGCAAAAAUCACACAGUCCAAACAGGGUAUUUUUCUUUAAUCUCCCCUAUGAAUCCAUCAUGGAACGACUGUCUCAACGGAGGACUGAUCCCGUCACCGGGGAAAGAUACCACACCACGUUCAGACCAGCGCCCACACCAGUGAUCCAAGCCCGUCUCAGGCAGAACCCUCGAGACAACGAAGAAAAUAUUGAGAAGCGUGUGGAAGCCUAUUACAGGAACGCCGCGGAACUGGAGGAUUUUUAUGAAGACGCCUUUUAUGUCAAUGCUGACCAAGACCCUCAUGUUGUCUUUGAGUUUAUAGAAAGCUGUAUCAUUAAGCCCCUUCCAUGUAAAAAAGUAAAAAGCUUAUAAUUAAUAAGGACGAUUUCUGGAACAGCCGGUUUUAAGCUUUUCCCUGUAAUGUUUGCAUCCUGGUCACUGAAGCAGCAGGUUGCCACAAGGGCAGAGGGAUCGAGCCAAGCUGUGUUAAACUUGCAGCUCUCCAAGGCUGGGUGAAGUACAGAGAGCAGGAAAUUGCGCUUUAGGGGUCGUUUUGUCUGCUUGUGUUUGGUGAUCUAAGCCACAAAGCGCUGUGGCUGGGGAAGUUCCUGCUUUUAAUUCAAAUAUCUUCUUCCGAUUCUGGGACUCGGCGAACAGUAGUUUUGUCUUGACUAUGUAAUACUCACGAAGCCAAUUUGGAGUAUUAAAGUGAUUUGAUGUGUU